CUCCUCUUUUGCUUUCUCCCAUUUUUGACGUUGGGAAAUUCCUCCAUCACCGCCGUCCAAUCCGCGCUCUCAAAUUCUUCUCAGUCUUCUUUCUUCCCAGUCAAUCCUUUUUUUCUUUUAUAAUUUUUCUUUUACCAAUAAGAAAACGAGGAGAAAGAUUUGAUGAUAAGAAGCGCAUAAAAAAAUUUGAUGCUUCGAAACUGUCGUGUACAAGAAGAACCAGACUAGAUUCUUGUAGGCCUCUUCUUGUUUCUUGCUGUUGUUCUUCGUUUCCGCUUCCGAUAGAAUCAGAACAGUGAAUUAUUGGAGAAAUCCACUCUGGGUUUCUCCGGAAUGGGUUCAAAAUCGGAGCUUUUUCUGGGGUUUGUCGUCCUGGUGGCGGCGUUUGCGGUCGCGGCGGUUCUUUCCCAGUCCACAGACGCCGAUGUAAUGCUGAAUCUGAAGAAGAGUAUUAAGAUUCCGGCGACGUCGUCGAUCAGUUGGAACGGGCCGGAUCCGUGCGUCUGGAGUGAAGUGGAGUGCGCAAACGGGCGGGUCACCAAGAUCCAAAUCGGGAAGAGGGGGAUCACCGGGACACUGCCGCGGGACAUCGGAAACCUCACCGACUUGACGGUGUUCGAGGUGAUGGAGAACGGCCUCGUCGGAGCCCUGCCGAAUCUCUCCGGGCUGGCCUCGCUCCAGAGGGUGCUCGUCAACGGCAACGGCUUCACUUCAAUUCCAUCAGAUUUCUUCGCGGGUAUGAAUUCCUUGGACACUGUUUCCCUAGACGAUAACCCUUUCUCCCCGUUCCCUUUUCCGGCGAGUUUGAAGGAUUCUUCAAAUCUCCGUUCUUUCUCCGCCAUCAAUUGCACCAUUUCCGGUCCCCUCCCCGACAUUUUCUCUAGUUUUCCGAGCUUAACAGUACUGCGUCUAUCCUUCAAUAGCAUAUCCGGGCAGCUUCCUCCCAGCUUCGCCGGCUCACCCUUGCAGACUCUGUGGAUUAAUGGGCAAAACGGUAAUUCAAGGCUCAAUGGCCCCCUCUAUGUUCUUCAAAACAUGACUGAACUCACCCAAGUCUGGUUACACGGAAACUCGUUUUCCGGCCAAAUUCCGGACUUAUCUGCCCUCCAAACUCUGAGAGAGUUCAGUGUGAGGGACAAUAGUCUCACCGGUCCGGUCCCGGAGUCACUGACAAAGAUCGGUUCGCUCCAAGUUGUGAAUCUGACUAAUAAUCUGCUUCAAGGCCCGACUCCCAAGUUUGCGAAAUCCGUUCAGGUUGAUGCAGCAAAGGGCACAAAUAGUUUCUGUUUGGAUCAGCCCGGAGAGGGUUGCGAUGAUAGGGUCAAUGUAUUGCUGGCCAUUGCUAAGGAUUUCGGAUACCCGACCCAGUUCGCGCAGGAUUGGAAGGAUAACAAUCCUUGCAACCCCACACCGUGGAGGGGCAUUAGCUGUGUGGAUGAGAAGAUAUCUGUCUUAAAUUUCCAGAAAAUGGGGCUCUCGGGGACGAUUUCGCCCUUCUUUUCGAAUAUCACCACGCUGCACACGUUGAUUCUGUCGGGUAAUAAUCUCACAGGGACGAUCCCGGAUCAGCUCACGUCCUUGACUCAACUCAAAAUGCUAGAUGUUUCUAAGAAUCGUCUUAAUGGUAAGGUCCCCAAGUUUGAUAAGAAUGUUCAAGUGAAAACAGCUGGAAAUGAUGAUAUAGGGAAAGACAUUCCUCCACCGCCCUCCCCUUCAACGGCCUCCUCGCCGCCUUCUCCCCCAGACACACGUCGUCCUUCUCCACCCGGUGCGACACCCACUCCUUCGGCGGGUGGUGGUAGUGCGGGGGAGAAGAAAUCUUCAACCGGUGUGAUUAUUGGCGGAGCGGUCGGUGCUAUAUUAGCUCUAGCUGCUCUGUUUGGGAUUAUUUUCUGUUGCUUUUGCCGAACGGAGAAGAAGAAAAAGUCUGGGAAAGUGCAGAGCCCGAACACGAUGGUCAUUCAUCCCCGUCAUUCUGGGGACGGGGAUGCAGUUAAGAUCACGGUCACGGGAUCGGGCGUAGGAGGAGGGGCAAGCGAGUCUUUUAGCAUCGGAAGCAGUGCACCCAGCGGGGAAGCUCAUAUCAUCGAGUCCGGCAACUUGACGAUCUCCAUCCAAGUCUUGAAGAGUGUCACGAACAACUUCAGCGAAAGCAACAUUCUCGGUAGGGGCGGUUUCGGGACGGUUUACGGGGGCGAGUUGCACGAUGGGACGAAGAUUGCUGUCAAGAGGAUGGAAUCGGGGGCGGUGGGGGAGACCGGUUUGGGGGAGUUCAAGUCCGAGAUUUCGGUCCUCACCAAAGUACGGCACAGGCAUCUUGUCGCACUUCUCGGGUACUGUUUGGACGGGAACGAGAAGCUUCUCGUGUACGAGUACAUGCCCCAGGGGACGCUCAGUCGGUAUCUGUUUGAUUGGAAGGCCGAAGGGUUGAAGCCGUUAGAGUGGAUGAAGAGGAUAACCAUCGCCUUGGACGUGGCUAGGGGCGUCGAGUAUUUGCACGGUUUGGCACAACAGAGUUUCAUUCAUAGAGAUCUUAAGCCGUCGAAUAUUCUUCUUGGGGAUGACAUGAGGGCUAAGGUGUCUGAUUUUGGUCUCGUUCGCCUUGCUCCCGACGGCAAAGCUUCCAUUGUCACCCGCUUAGCUGGCACUUUCGGUUACCUCGCACCAGAAUAUGCAGUUACUGGGAGAGUGACGACAAAGAUCGACGUGUUCAGUUUCGGAGUGAUUUUGAUGGAGCUAAUCACGGGGAGGAAAGCACUUGACGAAUCCCAGCCAGAGGAGAGCGUCCACCUCGUGCCGUGGUUCCGCCGGAUGCAGCAGGACAAGCAGCAGUUCCGGAGCGCGGUGGACCCCACCAUCGACCUCGGCGCGGAAGAAGUCCUGGCGAGCGUGAGCACGGUGGCCGAGCUCGCGGGCCACUGCUGCGCGCGGGACCCGCACCAGAGGCCCGACAUGAGCCACGCGGUCAACGUCCUCUCGUCCCUGGCGGAGAUGUGGAAACCGACCGAGCCGAGCGCAGAGGACGACGACUUUUACGGAGUAGAUGUGUACGACCUGAGCUUGCCGCAGGCGAUCAAGAAGUGGCAGGCGCUCGAGGGGUUGAGCGGGAUCGACACGCCCUCUUACCUCGAUAGCACGGACAACACGCAGACCAGCAUACCCACACGUCCCACCGGAUUUGCCGAUUCCUUCACUUCGGUGGAUGGACGGUAAUGUCUCCGGCAAUCUCCUACCGUGAUUCACUGUUUCCUUUCUUUCUUCUCUUCAAAAAAAAAGAGAAAGAAGUCUCAUGAUCGAACGUACUAAAAAUUAUGAUGUUUUGUUGUCUCCAAUCAUCGUUGAGACCUUGUCUGGCAACAUCUGGGAUGUUGGUUGUGUUCAAAGUUAAUAUUUGUCGUUCUACUUAUUAUUUAUUUCUUAUUAUUUGGUCCACACACUUUGAACCACUUGUACACCAAGUUUAAACCACUUUAUUUUUAAAUUUUUUUACUUCAAAGACAACUAUUUUUUUUUAUCGAAAUGGAGAGGUAACAACCUCAGAACCUUAAGAAAGGUUCCUCACUGUC